UUAUACUUUUAUUGAGGUAAGUGGUCUAUAAGGCUGUGGAAUGGAAGGACGACUGCUACGGACACUUUCCAAACUUCUUUCCAGUAAUGGAUCUCUGAUGUGUGCUCCAUGAAAAAUUCUCUUGGACUUCAGGGUCGAUUACCUGAAUAGAAUAAAUAAUUAUUUGCCACAUCCGGAAUCUAACCCGAAUCCCGAAGAAUAUGAGCAAAGUGUCUUUCUCAAUGAACUACCCCGCUGCCAAUUAAUUAUUGUGUAGAUGAAAAAUAAUCGGUGGUAACUAUCAGUUGAGUAAGAAAG